AUGGAUGUAAAACAGGAGACGUAUGAGGCUGACGUGAGUGUCAUGGAGGAAAGGAUCCUAAAUGUUAAGAAGGAGGAGGAGGACUGUGAACUGGGGUCAAUGAGUUUUAAAACGGAAGAUGAAGAAGAGUGUGUCAGCACUGAGAUGCACAGCUAUAGAAGUAUGGAUAGUUUUGAGGAAGAUAACCUUCCUUAUGUACAUCAAGAUGAAGCAGAGACCGGGUUGGUUUCUCCUUAUGGCACACACUCUUCAUUUCCAGAGUCUUCUAUUAAUAUAAAAUAUGAAUCAUUUCCGAUUGACACACAAAUGACUGACAAAAUGCUUUCUCCUGGAAUUGAGGAAGAUCAGCCAGCACCUAAGGCGUCAUCUGAAACAAGUGAGACUCUGGUUGGACUUGGUAACCCACCCUGCACUGGACGAACUGCGGUGGUCAGCAGGAAUCUGAGAGAUAAAGAAAAAGCUGCUGUUUACUGGAACAUCUCAAUGGAUGUGAAACAGGAGAGCUGUGAUGUGGACGCAAAUAUCGUGGAGAAAACUGUAAAUAUUAAAGAGGAGGAUUUUGAGUCAGAGUCCAUCUACCUUAAACAGGAAAGUCUGAGCAUCAAUGAUGAGAACAGCGAACUGCAGUCAAUGAACAAUAAAGAAGAACCUGAAGAGACGUCUGUCAGUAUUGAGACACACAACUAUACAAAUCUGGACAGUGCAAAAGAAGACAACCUUCAUGAUGGCUGUCAAGAUGGAGUGGUGACCAGGUUAGACACUUCUCAAAGCAGACACUGUUCAUCUCCAGAGCCUUCUACCAAUGUGGAGUCUGAAUCCUUAGAGUCUGAACCAAACAGGGCUGAGGAAACUACAUCUGUUAGGACUCAGAAGAAUAAGCGACCAGCUACAAAGAAGUCUGGAAAAAGAAAGAAAGAUCACCGCAGUGUGGAAUGUGGCAGAGAAUUCUCUAACAGGAGCGCUCUUCAGAAACACACGAGAGUUCAUACCGGAGGGAAGACAUAUUGCUGUACUGAGUGUGGUAAACAGUUUUCAAAGAUGAGCAGUCUUCAGAUACACACUAGAGUUCACACCAGAGAGAAGCCAUAUUGCUGUAAUGAAUGUGGUAAAAAGUUUCCAGAGAUGAUCAAUCUUAAGAAACAUACUAGAGUUCACACCGGAGAGAAGCCAUAUUGCUGUAAUGAAUGUGGUAAACUGUUUUCACAAAAAGGCCAUCUUCGUAGCCACACUAGAGUUCACACCGGAGAGAAGCCAUAUUGCUGUAAUGAAUGUGGUAAAAAGUUUUCAGAGAUGUGCACUCUUCAGAGCCACACAAGAGUUCACACCGGAGAGAAGCCAUAUUGCUGUAAUGAAUGUGGUAAACUGUUUUCACGUAAAGGCAGUCUUCUUUUACACACAAGACUUCACACCGGAGAGAAGCCGUAUUUCUGUAAUGAAUGUGGUAAUCUGUUUUCACAAAAAGGCAGUCUUCAGAUACACACAAGAGUUCACACCGGAGAGAAGCCGUAUUUCUGUAAUGAAUGUGGUAAACUGUUUUCACGUAAAGGCAGUCUUCUUUUACACACUAGAGUUCACACCGGAGAGAAGCCAUAUUGCUGUAAUGAAUGUGGUAAACUGUUUUCACGUAAAGGCAGUCUUCGUAGCCAUACUAGAGUUCACACCGGAGAGAAGCCGUAUUUCUGUAAUGAAUGUGGUAAACUGUUUUCACAUAAAGGCAGUCUUCGUAGCCAUACUAGAGUUCACACUGGAGAGAAGCCAUAUUUCUGUAAUGAAUGUGGUAAACUAUUUUCACAUAAAGGCAAUCUUCAGAGACACACUAAAGUUCACACCAGAAUAUAAACAGUAGCAGUUCAAUAAUCAGUCCAGAAAAACAAGCACCCUUCAGGACUCAAGAGUGAGGUUCAGUCCUGUCCUGAAAAGUCAGCAAACUAAACUAUUGUUGAGAAAUUAAUCUCGUCGAGAAGCCAUUUUGCUGUUUGGAAUGUGGCAAACAAAUCUGUCUGAGGAGUUCUCUUCAGAGACGCACCAGAGUUCACACCGGAGAGACGCACAACUGAACUGUCCUGACUAAAGAGUGAGGUUCACUCCUGCCUGGACAGUAAGCACAUGUGACCCACUGGAAUCCAUCCUGCUCCGUGUUGUGUCAGAAACAAGUCAACACAGAGGAGAAUCAGAUGUUUAUUUCCUUUUUCCUUUUCCAGAAUCAAAAUAAAGAACAGGGCGUCAUACAGAGAGCUUCUCACCAAAGCCCUACAGCCUCCACCGUGCGCCCAGCUCUGCUUUCAUAACAUACGUAUUACAUACUGAACUAUUUACAAUAUAUUAUACACAUUUCAUCAGAAGAAAAGAACACUUUACAAUAUACAUACUGUAACCUCACAUAAUAAAUCAUAGUUCAGUUUUAUAAUAUUAUAUAUUUUGCUAUUUUAAUAUAACAAAAAAUAAAAUAACAUACUUUGACAAAAACAAAAAAAACAACAGAGUGUCAUACAAACAGCUUCUCACCAAUGCUUAUUAAAUAAUAAAUCAAAUCAAUUAUUAAUAAUUAUAAACACAAAGUAUUAAUACAAAAUCAAUAAAAUAAAAUGUAAAAUACAAAUUUAAAUCCACAAUAUACACAUGCUCAUGCUGUGCACCAUGCUGAAUUAUGUUUUAACACUGUGGCAGAACACUAAAAGAAGAAAUGCUUUUUUAAAAAUUUAUUUUGG